AUGCUGCAAAUCAUGGAGCUGUGGAAAGAAGUGAGGAAGAAACAAGGAUCCAGCGAGGAUUGCGUGAUGAAUGCACUUGCUACUCGUCUACCAGAAUUCAAUCAGGACCCGAACUCAAGCUCGAACACGGAUACGAUCCACCUUCUAAUGAAGCAAAUCAUGGAACUGUGGAAGUCUUGUCGAGAACCCAUGGCUGAACUAGCAAGAAUCCAACGAAGAGUACAAAGACUACUUGGAACUGCAGAAUCACAUACAGAUGAUCGACAAAGCCAAGUUUUCAAGUAUUUGUCCUACAUCUCCUCCACGUUCCCAAAAGGCGCUGCUGACAAUACACAUGAAAGUCUCGUUGCUGUUGAUACUUAUUUCAGUAACAGCUUGCCAGAAACAAGAGAGAAUGAGAAUGAACAAGUACAUAAAUAUAAGAUGCGUUACGGAAGAACCGGAACAUGUGGGAGGAUGUCAGCAUUGGCAGUACGUCGUUGGUCCUUUAUUCACACUUUGUACAUAUUUUUCAUCUUCGUACUCAAAUACAAAGUUAAUUGA